AUGGCCCUGCAAGAGCGCAAGCUUCCCUUUGGGAAGAUUGAGCCCUACUCGAGCAAGUAUUUCUACAGCUGUGCUCUCGGCGGUAUCAUCGCUUGUGGACCAACCCACACCGCUGUCACACCCCUCGACCUUGUCAAAUGCCGUCGCCAAGUCGACCCAAAGAUCUACACCUCCAACAUCUCAGCAUGGCGCUCCAUCUUCGCCAAGGAAGGCCUACGCGGCGUGUUCUUCGGCUGGUCGCCCACCUUCCUGGGGUACUCGUUUCAGGGCGCCGGCAAGUACGGCCUGUACGAGUACUUCAAGUAUCUGUACGGGGACCAGAUGUUCCCGCAGAGCAACCGCACCUUGGUCUUCCUGGGCGCCAGCGCCAGCGCCGAGUUCUUCGCUGAUAUGGCGCUGUGUCCGAUGGAGGCCAUCAAGGUCCGCAUGCAGACGACUCUCCCGCCCUUCGCGAAUAACCUGCGAGAGGGGUGGAGUCGCAUUGUCGCGAAGGAAGGGCUCGGUGGCCUCUACAAGGGAUUGUAUCCGCUGUGGGCGCGCCAGAUUCCCUACACGAUGACCAAGUUCGCAACUUUCGAGAAGACCGUUAGCAUGAUUUACAAGACUAUGGGGAAGCCGAAGGAGAGUUAUGGACAGUUGGCCCAGACUGGUGUGAGCUUUGCAGGUGGAUACAUUGCGGGUAUCUUCUGUGCGAUUGUCAGUCAUCCGGCGGAUGUGAUGGUUAGCAAACUGAAUGCGGAUCGUAAGGCGGGUGAGGGCGCUAUGAAGGCUGUGUCGAGGAUCUAUGGCAACAUUGGCUUUUCUGGUCUGUGGAACGGAUUGCCUGUCCGUAUCGUCAUGCUGGGCACCUUGACGGGCUUCCAGUGGCUUAUUUAUGACUCGUUUAAGGUCUUCUUGGGUCUUCCAACGACGGGAGGACACUAG